AUGUUAAUCGCGGUUACAUUCGUAAGUAGCUCGGUCAAUCUCUAUUCCAUUUCCUAUAUGUCCGAGGAUCCACAUAGCCCUUUAUUUAUGUGUUAUUCAUCCAUUCCCACUUUCUUCAUGCUCAUGUCGGUUACCAUGGAUAACUCAAUUCAAUUAUUCUCGAGAUGGGAGGGAGUAGGUCUCGCUUCCUAUUUUCUAAUCAAUUUUUGGUUCACACGACUUCAGGCGGAUAAAGAAGCUAUCAAAGCUAUGCUUGUCAAUCGAGUAGGUGAUUUCGGAUUAUCUCUCAGGAUUUUGGGUCGUUUCACUCUCUUUCAAACAGUAGAGUCCUCGACCAUUUUUGCUCGUGCUAGUGCCUUUUCUGAACCCCCAAAUUCUUUCAUCUUCAGCAAUGUGAGAUUUCAUGCCAUAACUGUGAUUUGUAUCUCACUCUCUAUUGGUGUUGUUGGAAAAUCCGCACAGAUAGGAUUGCAUAGUCUAUUACCCGAUGCGAUGGAGGGUCCCACUCUAGUAUCCACUUUGCUUCAUGCAGCUACUACGAUAACAACGGGCGUUUCCAUGAUAGCGAGUUGCUCCCCUCCAUUUGAAUACCCACCCACGACGUUAUCUACGAUUUCUUUUACAGGGGCUAUGACGUCAUCCUCCGUGGCAACCAUUGGAAUAUUAUAA